AUUAUAAUUACUUUCCACUAAUCAAAUCAACCUUGAUUGUUAUCAUUUUGUGUGGUUCAAUAUUAAUAACAUUGAUUAACUGUAACAAAUGACUAAUCCUAUUUGAAUAUCUAUACGUUUCUAUUUUUAUCUGAAUAGGAAUAAACCACCUUCCAAUUAGAUUUAUACAUGAAAGGUAAACCACACAAAUCUAUAGUUUAACAAUCAAUCAGUUGAUUAAUUACAUUUUCUCCUAAUUUGGUUUAAAUUGUCCCAGUUAAUAUUUCUGUCUCUGUUGAACAACAUUCUAGUUGUAGAUCUGUUGUUUCUUUAUCUUCCAUCAAAUGAGUUCCAUGUGAUGUUCAAUAUAUUCAGUGUUUUCCAAUCUCUCAACCAUCAUUAUCAUCAUUUCUACCUUAUCAAAUUGAUCACUAAUUAUGUCGAUGGAUUUAAUAAGCUUUGACCAAUCUGAUGGAGACACAGAGCCACUGACCAAUGGUUAUACAUGUAAUGGAUCUGAUGAAAUGUUAAACGAUGACCAAAUUACUGAUAAAUCUGAGAAUCAACCAUCAGAGUCAUCCCCAACAAUAAUUAUCUCAUCAUCUGAUGAAACAUUAUCAACAACAACAACAACACCAACAAUUUGCUUAAGGCCAAGAUCUUUUUCCUCUAAUUCGGUUACAUCAACUUCUUGUGGGACAACAACAUUAUCUGGUUACUUUAAUAAGCUUGGUAUCAAGGGUGGUAUUCGUAGUUAUAAACGACGAUGGUUUACCUUUGAUGAUCAAAGUGGAAAAUUGAUCUAUUAUCGUGAUCCAGAGGAACCAACACCUUUGGAUUCAGUUGACAUAAGAAAAGCAACAUUCUCACUACACCCACAGUUCAAAGACUCUAGUUUCAUUAUAAAAAUAUCGAAUGAUAAACCUCUUCUAUUGGAAACAAAUGAUAGAUCAGUUGCCUUACACUGGUUUGAUACUCUACAAACAUUGAGAAAAAAAUACAUCAUGGAUGAUGAUUUAAACUCAAAAUCUUCCCGAACAAAUCAACUUGUUACCAAAGAAAAUACCAACAAUAACACCUCAUCAUCCCGCUUAGAUCCAUCAAAUGGUUCAGUUUUUUAUGAUACAAAUGUAUUUGUUGGUCGAGAAUGUUCACCAAUACCAUCUAAAAGUGACCUAGAACCAACAACGGAAAGUAAACCCUCCAAUCGAUUAUCAGUUUUUGGUCGUAUCAGGUCAAGAAGUAGUUACCUGGUUAGCGGACGAAAAGAGUCAAAUAAAUCAUCAUCAUCAACCAAUGGAUGUAAUCAAUGUAGUGAAUAUGAAAGUAACAUUGUUAACCUUCAUGAUGAUUUGAAUGCCGUUGAAAAUGAACUUGAAGCUAGUCGUGAAGUAAUCAAAGUAUUACAAUUACAAUUGGAAGCCGCUGUUAGAGAGAAAGAAUCACUUGUCGAGAUUUGCAAAAGUCACACAAUUCCAGAGCAAAUGAUACACACGUUAUCCCAAAGGGAGAAAGAGUUAACCCUUAAUGAGUCUCGAUUACGGCAAAGUGAGAAUAAUAUUGAAAAAUUAACUCAAGAAUCUCAACGAUUAACGAAAGAAAAGGAAAAUACCAAGGAGGAAUUAAAUCUAAUGAAAGAGUUAAUCCAUGUGAAAGAUCAAACUGUCAUGUCGUUGACGAAUAAGAUUUACGAUCUUGAGAAGAAACAAAAAGAUGAAUUCGCUCACAACGAAUGGAACAAUAUUCGUAAAGUGGAUCAAGAUGAAUUGGAAAGUCUAAAGGAUUCGGUUAACGCUUACCAAUUACAGAAUAAAUGUCUUAAUAAAGAGAUAAUUGCUCUUAAUGAUAUAAGACACGUUUUGGAAAAGAAACAACAAGAAUUACAAUUAAAGUGCUACGAUUGGGAGGCUCGUUGUUGUCAAAUUCAUAGUAAACUGUUGUCUCUAUUGAAGGAACUUAAUCAAACCAUUGAGAUGAGUGAAAAUGCCGAUGAAAAUGAUCAGCAACAAUUAAUUUCUAGUAAUCAAUCAGUCAAAGCAUUGGUCACUCGGCUUCUCGAUGAAAACUCAUUGGACAUUCCGUUAAGUUGGAAACCAGGUAAUCGAAAGAGGAGCGAUGAACAUGCCACAUCUUCUGGUACCGAUUUAGAUUAUGAUGAACUUGGAUUUUCCUUGAAACAAUCAGACUGUGAGAUUGAAUUUGGUGAUAAAUUGAGUGGUAAAAGUGAAGCAUUUAAUAAGAUUAAGAAAGCAAAUGAUCCAACCAAUCAAUCGGAAGCUGGACGUCAACAAUUUGAGUGGAAAUACCGAUGGGAUUAUUACAUUGGUAAUUUAGGGUCAAAUGAACUGUCCAGAAAUCUCGAACUUAAAGUUCUUCUUAGAACUGGUGUACCACAAGAAUAUCGAUGUAAAAUAUGGAGAAUGUUAAUCAAUAUUCGUAUUCGAAAUCUUAAAGAUCGUCUUGGUUCAGGUUAUUAUCAAACGUUAUGCGUGAAAACAGUUGAACGUAAAGUAAAUCCUGCGGCUAAACAGAUCGAACUUGAUCUACUUCGAACUCUUCCCAAUAAUAAACACUUUGAGAACAUUAAAUCACCCGGUAUAAUGAGAUUAAGACAAGUUUUAACCUGUUACUCUUUACACAAUCCAGCCGUUGGUUAUUGCCAGGGAAUGAAUCGCUUAGCAGCGGUCGCUUUGCUCUUCAUGCCGGAAGAAGACGCUUUCUGGACAUUGGUCGCUAUCAUCGAAAACAUUAUGCCACCAGACUAUUUUACCGCAAAUCUACUUGGAGCUCAUGUUGACCAAUAUGUACUUCGUGAUUUACUCACCGAGAAACUACCCAAUCUUAAUAGUCACCUUGAAAGACAUGGAAUUGAAUUAUCGCUUUUCAGUUGGUUUCUUACCUGUUUCGUUGAUAACGUUCCGAGUAACAUUUACCUUCGUAUCUGGGAUGUCUUUUUAUACGAAGGUAACAAAGUGCUAUUCCGAUUUGCUCUCGCAUUCUUAAAGUAUCAUUCAUCAACCAUUCUCACCAUGAACGAUUCACUAACCAUUAAUCAAUACAUUCGUCUACUUGGAUAUCGGACAAUUGAUGUUGAUCAUCUUUGUCACAUCUCAUUUAAUUUACUCAAUCCAUUUAGAAUGAGUAAAGUUAAAGCUAAAAGGUUACAUUACACUCAAUUGGUGACCAGUGAACUCAAUAAAUUGGACACUAUAAGGAAAACUCUACCUGCCCAUGAAAAUAACGAUAACUCAGAUAGUGAUUAAACUUUUAUAAUAAAUUGUAAUUUUAAAAAAAAAUCUCAAGUGAAAUGGUAUCACAAUUGAGGCAAAAGACACAACAAUUAACUUGCUGGACCAAAAACUGUUUUUACCCGCGCAGAGAGUUCGAGGUGAAUAGGUUUGAACGAAUUGGUCCCGAAAGUCUCAUCACAGAUCAAUUCUAUCGUUAAUUGUUUCGCUUUAGGUUUAGAUAUAAGAUUAAGGUAGAAAUCGACGAGGAAGGCACAGAAUGUAAUCCAAUGGACUUUCUUCAGAUUUUAGUUCGGUUCUUGUGAUGCCUUCAGGGUCUAAGGGAUUUCCUUUUCGGACAAAGUGUUGCAAACGGUGACCACAAUUCGAGGGAAUAUCGUUAUUUUAUCUCCGAAGCAAAUGUUAACCAGAAUCAGAGAGAAAGAUCGGAUAACUGUAAACGUUUUUUUCGAAUUCUUUGCAACAAAGAGUUUCCGAUAUUUCCACUAAUUGUCCAACUGUUAGAAAUGUCGUAUCAGCGAUCACGGAGGGAACAAGGUUCGAAAAAUCUUCAGAAAAUCCCACCCUAUCUAACGCGAUACUACCGGGGAUUAAAAGGUCAUCUUCUUCAGCCGAUGAGCCAUUCGGUGAAUUGACGCUUUUAACACCUUUUGGACUCAUUUCCAAUGAAACGAUUGGAUUGAUUGUCAGGCCUAAUUUCUAAUUUCUAAUCACAAUUAAGCUAUUGGAAAGGUUUAGGGAUGGGCACAAAUGAUCAGAGAAACUGACCAACAAUGUUUGAUUAACUUUAAUCAAGAGGUUAAUUAGAAAAAAAAUAUUAGUUAACUGAUUGUAAGUGGUGACGAUUUAGGAUUUUCAUUUGUUAACCAAUCAAAAAAUUAAUUCUCAUUUUUAAAUUUCCAUAAAUUGUUGUAAAUUCAAUUUUUCUCAGCAAUUAAGGAUCACAAUUUAAAUUUUUCUUUCAUUAAUCGUUACCAUUUGUUGCUCUUGUCAACAUUCAAUGAGAGUUGAAGAUUAAUCCUCAACCUUAUCAUUCACAAUUUAAUCUAAUCCAAUUUCUUGACAUAAUUAACAAAAUCAAUCCUCAUAAUUGUUGCCACUCCGACAAAUAAUCAACAAUUAAAUUAGAAUUGAUCAAAAUUAACUUUCAUUGGAAAUCAGUUGUUACAAUCAAUUAACAAGAGAAUCAAAUUAACUUUAAAUAGCUUCAGGUAAUAAUAAUUUCCCACAAUUAGAAAGUGAAUUAAGUUAAUUGUGACAAAUCAAUAUUCUCAAGCCUAAAUCAACCCAAUUUUAGAUUAGAAGCUCUAAUCAUAAUCUCCUCAAAAUAACAACAAUUAAUCUAAUACUGUAAAGGUAAAUCAAGUUAAUUUUCCUCAACAAAGUAAUCAAAUUAAUCCUCUAAUUGUAGGUAAAAAAAUUACGAUCUCUCCACAAUUAACUUUACUUUCCUGUGCACCAUCAAGUGGACAAUAUCCUUGGACAAACCGGUUUAAUUGCCAUCAUGUUAGUUUGUUGAUUAAUGACAUUAAUUAGAUUGUAAACUAAUCAUUUCAAGUGUCACAAUAGAAGGAAAUUUUAAUUCGUUAAUCCAGUGAUUAGUUUCCCAAAGAGAGAGAGAGAGAAAAUUAAAGCUCUAAGCAAAUUGAGUGAUUCUUAAUUCUGUGUCAGCAACAGUUGAAGAGACUCUUGAUCAUAUGUUCAUCAUUCAAUAAAAG